AUGGUGGCUCUUUCUCCUAGGCUGCUAACGCGUCGUGGAGGGACUGGGAUCAGUAGCAGUAGACUGGCAGUCACUCGUGCUGCUGCUUUUGGCUCCUCUUCGGCCUUUGAUAACGUCUUUGAUGAGCCUCCGGGGGAUAUGGACGAAUACGGUGAGGAGCUCAAGUCACCGGGGGAAGAGACCUCAGCUGGGGAGGAACAUCAGGGCGGCGGCGGCAGCCUAACAAUGUACGAGUCGGACAUGCUCAACACAGGCUCUCCUAUGACACUAGGGCUCAUAGCAGCUUUAACGUAUCCUAUCACCUGGCGUAGUGUCAGCCGGAUGCACCUCUUCCGUAACCGUCCAGUUAUACCACAGUUUCUUGCUAUAGUGCCUCCAGUCGCCUUCCUGUACAUCGCCGGAGUUUAUAACUGUAGAAUGGUCAUGAGCCGAUUGGUAUGGCCCGAGUGCAUAGUGAGGGAGAACGGUCUCGUCGAGCACGAGAUGUCAUCGACCUCUACCGAGAGAAGGCACCAGUAG